AUGACAAAAUAUAUACGAGUGAAGGAGACGUAUUGCGGAUGUGUAAAUGUUCAGUACAUUGCAAUAAUUGCCAGUUGUGCGACCAUGGUUUUCCAGUUGACAUUCUCCAUAUUUUUCCUGAUUUAUGGACAAUUAUGGGGUUUGAUUCCAAUGGCUCUGACUAUUUUGAGUCAUUUGUUUUUUAUGAUAAUUAUUCAUCAAUUCAAAUCCACGAUUUCUGUGACUAUUUAUAGUGGAAUAGAGAUUGCAUUCGCUUUCACCAUAUUAGGAUUUUCAAUCUGGAUCUUAUCAUGGGUACUCGAUCCCAAAACAGCUUUUAUAUAUUACUUUUGCGUGGACCAUUUGGAUUCGAGUUGUUAUGGAUAUACCCAAAUAGUGUCUUUAAUCUGGGGCUGCUUGUUCAUCAUCUUCUUCUUUGCGAGUGUUCUCCUUCUACCCAUUUUCCGGAGCACCUGGCGAAACAUCAAAGUCACCCGAAAAUCAUCAUCAGUGUACAUAGACGACGAUAACAAGCCCACUCCGGCGGUGCAACCCAUUUUUAAUAUCAACUCGGGGCCUACGCCUGUUGCUCAACCGGUCCCCCAACAGAUCAUGCUACCUCCACAACUGCUUCAACAGUAUGCUGGACCACAGGUCCAUCAAGUUCCGCCAGCUCCAGCGUCUCAACAGCAGACGCAAAUCCCACAACGACCCCAACAAUUGUAUCCAGCUCAACCUCAAACACAAAAUAUAAUGACUCCAUCGGGUGUAAUCCAUUUGAAUCUCUAUACCAUCCAACUUCCAAACGGAAAUAAUACUUAUGUAACGACUUCACCUAUAAUUGAUCAAUUAAGUACUGAUUGCUUUGAGAGUAUAUCUCAAACAGACCAAAUUAUAGAUGAAAGGUUAUAG